AUGGGUGCCUCGGCUUCCAGGAACUGGCUAGUCGGUGUUUCCGCGCUGGAGCCCGAACCCGAGGCGCUGGGUCUGGGCCAGCUGCCCACGGAGCUGCUCGAGACGGUGCUGAGCCACGUGCCCCCUCACGUGCUGCUCGGGCGCUGCCGCCGGGUGUGCCGGCGCUGGCGCGACCUGGUCGACUGCCAGGCCCUGUGGCUGAGCAUCCUGGCCCGGAAACACGCCGCCCUGUGGCCCAUCGUCAGCACCUGCCUGCCGGCCGCCGACGACCCCAGGCCCUGCGUCCUGGGCCGCUUCUGCGAGCGCAGACCCAUAGGACGCAACCUCCUCCGGAACCCCAGGGGCCUAGGUGGGGAGCCCAGGAAAGGGGUCCUCAUGGAGCUGGUGCGAGGGGCCAGAUGCGGGGGCGCUUGGACUCCGGGUUAUCACAAGAAGCAAGUGUUGGACCUGGAGGAGGAGGGUUUCUGGCCGGAACUCCUGGACAGUGGAAAGAUUGAGAUUUGUGUCUCUGACUGGCGGAAUGACCAACAAAGAACUGACUGUAUAUAUCAGCUAACUGUCCAACUUCUAGAUGCCAACCAGGCCAUCCUGGAUCACUUCUCUCCUUUGCCUUUUCCCAUCUGGAAGUGGAGAAACAGCGUCUCUCCUCGGGUCAGCCACGUGUUCUCCAACCUCAAGAAGGGCGUUCGCUUUGUGUCUUUUGAAUGCUGCAUCUGGGACUUGGAGUUCAGAAAUGAGCAGUAUGGAAUCUCUGUGACGAAUUCCAGUGUCAUCGUGCAGCCGCCCGCCCGCGGGAUCUCACAGCCGUCCGCCCCGGAGAGGACCGACUGCCCAGAGCGCGGGUCCCGGGGCUCCCUGGGCGCGGCCGUUCCCGGGGAGCCCCCCGACUGCCUCUCAGAGCAGGGUGGGGAAGGGGAUCCUAGCCCGCCGCCGCCUCCGAGCAGGCCGCCAGGUGAGCGCCGGGACAGGCUGUCACCAGCAGUUCCCAAAACCAAUGUCCCCGGCUAG